AUAAUUACUGAAUUACUGUACUGUAUAUGUAGUAAUUACUGAAAUACUGUACUAUAUAUAUGUAGUAAUUACUGAAAUACUGUACUGUAUGUAGUAAUUACUGAAAUAUUAUAUGUGCUGUAGGUUCCAAUGUUUGUACUGGACUGCAAUUAAACUAAAUUCAAUACAGAAAUUUGUUUAGGGUGUAUUUGCUUUUUUUUUUCUUUUUAAUGUUUUCCUCUUGUGGUGUAUGAUGUAGUAGCAUGUGUGGUGGUUCUCCCUAGAUGAUGAGCGCUCUGUGUUGGGCAGUAUGUUUAGCUUCAUGCGCGCCACUAAGAAGGCUCGGCAUAACCCUGAGAGUGAGGGCAUUUAUCUCGAUGAUCUCAACUUGGAUGAGCUUGACCCAGAGGUGGCUGCUUUGUAUUUUCCACGUAACUUCAAGGUUCCUGAAAAGCGGGGAUACAACACCUACUCAUCUGGUGGCCUCAAAGACGAAGAUGCUGAAUCUGGCAAUGGGCCCUCACUUCCACAAUCGCCUCACAGUGUGGAAGGAGCAAUUGGUGGACUCAAGACAUGCAGUGACUCAGAUUUUGAAGACUCUAGGCAUCCUAUAUUUGAUUAUAAGGGCUACGACGAUAUCGCUUUCUCUCUUUGUGGACGUCUUAAUGAGUAUGAGGGAAAGUUUCCUGAGAGCCUCUUCCUGCAAAGCCUAGUGACUUAUGAUGAUUUCUGUGAGAAUCUACAAAUCCUAGAUAAUCCUGACCUUGUAAUAAGGUUUGGCGGCAAAUACCUCAACUGGACUACUGCUGCUCCUCAGAUUCUCUCCCUAGUACUGUUCCAACGACCAAUCCCACAGAAACUAGCAGAUAAUCUCAACAAGGAGCACAUGCCAAAGAAGGAGAUACGAAAACGUUCAGAAUCAAGGGGAUACUCUUGGUUUUCAUCUUGGAGACGUAAUAACCAGACUGAAGAUUUAGAGAGCAAUAAAGAAGGGAAGAAUGACUCUGACAAGAGGGUAGCAUCUCAGGGCAGUAUAGAGCUCCGUCAAGGAAGUUCGGCUUCACCAACAGAUGGCACUUCAAGCAUUCAUGAUUCCAACCUCAUAGAAGUGACUGCUGCUGAGACUCAGACAAGCUUACCUGGAACUCCAAGAAAGAAAGGACUUCAUAACUGCAAAAUUGGAACAGAUUCUUCUGAGUCAGAGGACCUAGAGGAUAGAAAAGAUGGAAGUUUCCAUGGAGAAAGAUUUAAGAAGAGCUUAAGAUUAUCAUCUGAUCAGAUUGCCAAACUUAAUCUGCGUGAGGGAAGCAAUGAAGCACUCUUCUCAGUUACAACAGCUUACCAGGGAACAACUCGAUGCAAGUGUCAUAUAUUCUUGUGGAACUAUGACGACAAGAUUGUCGUGUCUGACAUUGAUGGCACCAUAACAAAGUCUGAUGUUCUGGGUCACCUUUUACCAAUUCUGGGCAAAGAUUGGGCUCAGAGUGGUGUAGCUCAGCUCUUCACAAAGAUUAAGAACAAUGGUUACCAUUUCCUCUACCUCUCAGCCAGGGCUAUAGGACAAGCACGCAUUACCAGAGACUACCUGAGGUCCAUUAAGCAGGGAGACCUUUCAUUACCUGAUGGACCUUUACUGUUGAAUCCCACCUCAUUAAUACAAGCUUUCCAUCGUGAAGUGAUUGAGAAGAAACCUGAAGAGUUUAAGAAAUCCUGCUUAAGGGAUAUUAAAGCACUCUACCCUGUGGAUAGAAAUCCCUUUUACUCUGGUUAUGGAAACAAAAUCAAUGAUGUUUGGGCAUACCGUGCAGUGGGGAUUCCAAUUUCUCGUAUCUUCACAAUCAAUCAUCGUGGAGAACUGAAACAUGAAUUAACACAAACAUUCCAGUCCUCAUACUCCAAUCUCAGUGAUAUUUCCAAUCACAUGUUUCCUCCAGUUGCCCACCAAGAGACCUUGGGCGAGUACUCAUCUCUCCAGUAUUGGCGACCUCUAAUGCCGGAUGUUUCUGAUGAAAUAGAAGCUACACUGGCUCAGGAGCGAGGAAAAUAACUUCACUCUGUUUUAAAUUAUUAUUGACACAGGUUACUGGCCUCAAAAGAUGAUGUUACUCAUCUCAAACAUUCCAAAGAAACAUAACUUGUUCAUUCUUGAAGAAAGAAUCCAUCUUUGAGAGAAAAUAGUUUUCAAGAGACAAUGGAUAACACCAUUCUGCUAAUUUUUCAAAAACCUGUCCAAAUUGACUUGAGUUUUGCUUGUUUGUAAGUUUGAUUAUAUUGUCAUGGUAAUUUUCAGAACAGAUUUGUGUAUGUAGAAUAAAAACUGUCAGCAUGGCAAAUUUAAAAUGAAGGAUUCACAAUAAUAAAAGUUCAUUCAUAUAAUGGUACAUAAUUAUUUCAAGGAGCUACUCACCUCAGGGACUGAUAUUAAGCUAAUGUGAUUUGACAAGUGUUUUUUAAUAAAUAUGCUAUUAAGAGUGCAGAAGUGGGAGAACCACAUUUAACAUACAGGCCAAAAUAGGAAAUAAAGUUGUAUGUACUUGGUAUGAAAUUCAUGGUUUGUACAUUGAAAUAGUGAAAGUUAAAUUGCUUUUUGUAUGUACCUAUUCCAAAACUCCUUAAAAUGUAAAAUGCUAGGACAAUGCAAUACAUUGUUAAAGGUUGAGAACCUUUCUCAAAUUAUGGCCUGUUAUGUCAGUCAAUCAAUAAAAUACGUAAUGUUAAGACAGUCAUGUGUUGCUGAAAGACUGCCUGUCUCAAAACUCAGCCUAUUAUAUCAAUUUAUUUAUGGUUGCUUGAAUAAAGAAUGCUGUGAUGAUCAUCAGUUAAGUGUUUGCAUCAGGACAAUAAAUGUAAGCACCUGAUAAGUCAGCCCACACUUGACAACAACCCAAUCUCUUACCAGUUUUGUAGUUCAUUCUGUCUUUCCGUUAGAAACUUGUCCAAGCAGAAUCUUCCUCGCAACUAAACUACUGUUCAAAUAAAUAUUAGCCUAAUAAUUUGCAUGUUUAAGUUCCUAAUUGGUGAAUUAUUGUAAUGUUUCAUUAGGGGAAAUAAUUUGCCAUUAGCAGAGUUUUAUGAUAAAUAUUACUUUCAUUAAAAAUAGUUUAGUAGGUACAGUCAUAGAAAUUGGUAAUUAAGUUAUUUCUUGUAAAAUAAGAUUAAGAUUAGACUUUGCAUAUUCUUUAAGCAUUAUUCAGGGAAUUUUCGUUGUACAGUAUAUAUAUUUAUUUUUUUGUACAGUUAUGUUUUGUCAUGUACAUUAGUGUUGCAUUUCAUUUGACUGAUAUUAUAAACUUAGUAUCAGACAGAUUCAUUGCCUCAUUAUCUGUGAUCCAGAUCAACUUUGCAUUAUUUAGGUUCACUUUCUAGGAAAUUAAUAUAUAUUUAUCCAUUAGUCUUACUUAACAUGGGGUGAUAUGGGUUCUUUAAUCAUUACAGUUUGAAAAGAAAUUCUUAAGCAAAAUUUUUCUUACUGAGAACCAGUUUGUAAGAAAUUGGUUAAUUUGUAUUUACAUCUGUGAUUCAUAUACUAAUUAAGAGACAACCAAAUGGUUCCUUGGAAGUUGUAGCUGAUCAUAAGUGACCGGAUACUCUUAGUGCUAUCAGUUGUGAUUCAUUGAACACAUCCACCAAGGUGCUCUACAUAAUUAGACUCAUUACUUUCAAGUCUUGAAUGGUUUAAUGUUUGUAUGGGUCCUAGUCACCAUUUCUGAUAAGCCAAUUUGGUAUUUUGUGUUCCCAUGGAUUCUUAAAAAAAAAAAAAAUUCAUGUGGUGGCAUAUUGCCAUGUAUUUUUUCCUCGAUAGAGAAGUUUAACAGAAAUUUUCUGUAACACUUAACUGUUAAGAAAUGUUCAAGAAAAAUGUUUUACUAUUAAAUUGUGAAUGUUUUAGUAAAACCAUGUUUAGAUAUUAAUAAGUUGUCUUUAUCACAAAUUAUUGUGUUACAUAAGAUGGAAGUAUUAGCACAUAAAAAGGAUCUCUGAACAGCCCUUCUUUUUUAUUAUUUAACAGUAUUAACUUUUAGAAGCAUAAUGUGAUACUGAAUAAUUUUUUUUCCUCUGGUAAAAGAAUUGAUGGAAAUUUUUUUAACGGAUGUGAAAUCCAAAAAUGUGAAGUUGAAAAUAGGUACCUAAUUUAUAAUUACAUCACUUGAAAAUGACUAAUUGCCAGAAAAAUUUCCAUAUGUGAUAAAGUAGUUAGUUUUUAGUAUAUAUUUUAUUAAUUUUUUGUAAUAUUUGAAUACUCCUAUGAUUAAUUGUUCAUCCUAAAAGUUACUUUAUCCAAGAAAUUAAUCACAUUAUAAACAGAGCAGUGUGUGCUAUUACCAUAGACCAACUUAAUUAGUAAUAAUCUUUUUCAUCGUGGAAUUUUUGUUGCAUAUGUUUUUGUGUGCGUCUCUUUUGUACAUAAUUUUUUUGCUUGUAUCAGGCAUAUUUAGGUGAAGUCAUGCUAGAUGGUACUCAAUUUUUUUAUUAGAGAUGCCUUUUUUCCUCUUUUUUUUUUUUUUUUUUUUUUUUCCUCAAAUGUGGAAGUUUAAAAGUCAAGGUUUGCUGUCUCUUCUGUAUUGGCACCAACUGUAGUGGCUCAAUACUUUGACAUAUUGUAUUGGUAUUAGAUAAUUCAUGUGUUUGUGAAAGGGAUUUUAAACCAGAAAUGGCAUAAAAUGCAUCACUGGUUACUGUCAUGUCUUGUAUUGAGACUAAUACUAUAUGCAUGGAUGUGUCCUAAUAAUAGAAAUUUCCAAGUAGUAAAAAUUGGACACAGCACUUCCAUUUGGACUUCAUUAAAAUCAGAUGGAUAUUUUCUGAAAUUUCUACUCUUGUUUGGACAUUUGUAAUUCAGUUUUUUUUUUUUUUAAUUCUCUUCUGGCAUUAAUACUCUUAAAUUUAUAGCAAACAUACUUGCUAGUCAAAGAAAAAUUCUUAUGUUCUGUAGUACCACAAGAUUAGAAUUUUGGUGAGUUAACUUUUAAUUUCCUGCCUUACAAAUUCUGUAAGGAAGCUUUCAAUACUCAAGUGUGAAGGUUUGGAAAGCUAUUGUGUAUUGCAAUACAGUAUAUGAAUACUGUGUUUUAUAAGCACAGUACAAUUUCUUGGUUCAGUAAUGUGUUCAAAUUGCUAUCCUACUCUUGUGUCGAGUAGAUUCUUUCUCUUCACACCUUCAAAAGUAUAACAGUAUUAUGCUUUGCAUGUGCUUAGUAAUGAUGAAAGAAUUGAGUGCGUAGAUCUCGUGGAUCGAGUUACUUCAAAAGAUCAAAAAUGCACGUGACUACAAGGAUUAUACUGUCUGCAUUGAUCAUUGUAGAUUAAUCCAGUACAAUAGCUGUAAUUGUUCAUUUAGCUCCUUUCAUGAAAUUAAUGUGUUCAACAAAAUUCUUUGUAUCACUUUUGCAGUUAUUGAUAGUCAUAAAUUCUGCAUUUGCAAUAAUUUUAGUGGCCUAUGAGAAAUGAACAAAACUGAUUGUAAAAGGUUAUACAUUUUCCUACUGUAGAUAGUAAUAUGUCUAGCUCCACUCACUACAAUUUUCUCUUAGAAUACUUAGCAUUGAUACAAUUUGCAUUUUGUAAUUCUAAAUUCACAAGAACAUGCUCCAUUAAUAUUAUUUAUGUAGUGACAGAAGAAUAGACCAGAUAUCUAUUCUUUGUGCUUACUUUAUUUGCCAUCUUGAUAAUGUGCUCACAUAAAUAAACUACAAAUUGAA